AUGUCUAGCUACAAUAACGUUGACCUUGAUGAGGUCUCUCCGCUGCCCAGAAUCAAUGGAUCUCUCGACUCACGUGUCUGGACCUUGUUGGCCUUUCGACUCGAACUCGACUUCAGCUACUCCCAGUCAUCCAUGGCCUCGACUGCCCCUGCCAUGUUUUCUUUUUCUCACACAGAACCAUCGACGGACCUUAUGAAUGGUUCGUCAUGGGGUGCAAAUGCAGAAGGGCCACAGAACUUACAUGACUACCCGGACAAUGGAUCAUCGCACUCAGGAGAAGCCGAGGAAUUUCUUUUCACAUCUGGUCAUAACUCACCUAGGGGACCAAGACUUGAUCAGGCCCAAACCACUGAUGUGUCAUCAUGGACCGCCGCUCCCAAAGCGGUCAUGUCCAUCUCCACGGGAACCCAGGCUAUGUCUCGAGCUAGCUCGAGCCGCUCCCACGUCUCUGCUGUUUCACCGACACAGAUGUCUAAUAUGAGCGUUAGAGGUAAUGCACAAGUUUUCCGGAGUGGACCUCAAUCUACUGGCUCCAUGGCCGGAAUGGAUUCCUGUCUGUUACUGGACUCAGAUGCCCAUGGUGUUUCAUCCCAAAUGUACCACUGGCACGACUACGCUCUCGAAAUGAACCUUGGCGCCGACGGCGUUGCCUUCCCAGUUCCCAAUGUGAACCCGCUCCAUGUGGUUCCUUCACAGAUGCACCUUGCCACUGAUGCCAUCCCGGAUACGUCAUCCCCCAGCAACUGGGACUGCUUUUCUAGCUCCAUCUCCAGAACUUCCUCCCCUGCCACUAUUGAUGAAGCUUGGCAAUCUGCUCCCUUUAGCCCCGAAACAUCCCCCGAAACUUGCCCAUCGCCUAGGUAUGUUGUCUUCCAAGCUGAGGGUGAACAAUCUUCUUACCGGAUGGGUUCGUUCAGAGACCGAAAAUUCCAAAUCAUGACGGAGCACGCCGUCUCCCAGAUGGAGGAUGCCUCCGCCCUUCCUCAAGCUUACACUGCCCGCCGACAGGGAAGUGAGGGAGAGUCUGCCCGGGACCAUGCCUUGUACAAGAAUGUCUCUCCCCGAGAAGACGGUCUCUUUCACUGCCCUUGGGAGGGCCAGCCAAACUGCAGCCACAGGCCCGAGAAGCUUAAGUGCAACUAUGACAAGUUUGUUGACUCUCACCUGAAGCCCUACCGAUGCAAGGCUGAGGCUUGCGAGGGUGCCAGAUUUUCUUCCACUGCCUGCCUUCUUCGCCACGAGCGCGAAGCCCAUGGUCUGCACGGACACGGCGAUAAGCCUUUCCUUUGCAUGUAUGAAGGUUGUGAGCGAUCGAUUCUUGGCAGCGGUUUCCCGCGCCAGUGGAACCUCCGGGACCACAUGAAGCGAGUUCACAAUGAUCACGGUAGCGCUGGUGGCUCCCCUACUGGGGCCGCUCAGCAGGCCACCAAGGGACGGAAGCGCAAGUCAGACGCUGAAGCCCAAGGCUCUCCCAGCCGCAAGGCCUCGAUCAAGUCGAUGCCUGCCCCAGAGCCUAAGCCUCCUGUCAAGCCUCUUAUUGAACAGUGGUUGGAGCAACGCAGUGUGUUGGGUGAGAUUGUUCAGCAAAUGAACAAGCCAGAUGCUCAGAGCAUUCAGCACAUCGCAGAGGCCCAAAAGCGCCUUGAGGUGAUGCUCAAGAUGGCUACAGAUGCAACCACCGUCACCCCCAAGACGGAGGUGCAAUCUGGUCGCCGAUACUUGAUGGGUUGAAGUGUUGAAUAGAAGUUGUUGGUCUCUCGUUUAAAAUCAGGGUAUCACGCCACGUGGGUGGUUUUUCAUUAUGUCUAUAUACAUACACAGGACGGCUGCUCGCGUCUUCAAAGGACGCUGAGCUCACCGGGAAACGACUCCCAAGGGACGUCCCGCGAGUAACAGUCUCGCAGAGUGGGUUACGUCCAUCACGGACUGCUAAGCCGAGCAGAAGAGCGUUGGCUACACGCACCACAAAAUCUCCCUCAGAGAAGAGCUGCUGGACCAGGGUUCCAUCAUGCUACUUCAGGGUUUGAGUCGGGGAUAUGUUUUUUUCUUUAUGGAUGGAUCAAAAGCAUCGUACUUGUUCAGGUUUGAACGUUAAAAGUAUUGGGUUUGGAAGGGAAUGGAAGGGCAAGGAAAGGAAAGGAAAGGAUAAACAGCGUUGCUAUUCUCGUCUUUUGAUUUUUAUUUGUUUUGUCAAUACCCACGAUUUAUGACCCUGUUUAGAUUUUAGAUGCUUCUUUUUUUAGCAUGCACAUUCGCUCAACCAGUCUCGACUGGCGAUUGUUUCCUUAGUUUAGCUUUUACUUUGAAUAUGUUUUUAUCAUGAGAUGAAUUACUAUUGAGCAGUACUGCUGGC